AGCUCAAAAAUGAGCCGAAGACGUUUGAAAACUCUCCUCUUGCACUCAAUCUCCACCAUGUCGUCGUCCCCUCUUAAAUCCAACCCCCUUUUCACUACAAGUCAAUCACAAGCCUUCCCUUCUCCAUCCAAAUUCUUUCACCAAAAUCUCAAACUUGGCCUGGCCAGAUUCCUUUGCACUUCUUCGCCGGACAAUCUCGAUGGUCUGGUCGAUCCUCAAGAAUUGUCAAUACCUGGGAGUUCUGGAGUUGAGUCUAUUUCGGCAGAGGAAUUCGCCUCUUUGCGCGAUUCGGUGUUAGAUACCAAUGCCGGUGAUGGGUCUUCAACGCCCAAAUUUGAAUCAGAUAAGUUUUCUAAUAAUGCCAUUUUGAUUUCGAAUAAGAUUUGGAAUUAUAAUGAUGCGUUUGGUGACCAGACCCAGAAGUUUCUUAGGCAGUUUAGGGAUAAUCUGAAUGAAACUCUGGUGAUGGAAGUACUGAAGCUUAUUCGAAAUCCUGAAUUAGGUGUGAAGUUUUUCAUAUGGGCAGGUAGACAAAUUGGGUAUAGUCACACUGGUCCUGUGUAUGAUGUAUUGUUAGAGUUAUUGGAGUGUGGUAGUAAUGAUAGAGUACCAGAACAUUUUCUCCGAGAAAUUAAGGGUGAUGAUAGAGAGGUGCUUGGGAAGUUGCUUAAUGUGUUGAUACGGAAGUGUUGCCGAAAUGGUUUGUGGAAUGUAGCUUUGGAAGAGCUUGGGAGGCUUAAGGAUUUCGGAUACAAGCCAACUCGAACAACUUACAAUGUUUUGGUUCAAGUGUUUUUAAAAGCUGAUAGGUUGGAUACAGCACACUUGGUUCAUGUGGAGAUGUCGGAUUUGGGGUUUAAUAUGGAUGAGUAUACACUUGGUUGCUUUGUUCACGCCCUUUGCAAAUCUGGGAGGUGGAAGGAAGCGCUCACAUUGAUUGAGAAGGAAGAGUUUGUGCCCAAUACUGCUCUUUAUACAAAGAUGAUAUCUGGGUUGUGUGAAGCUUCACUUUUUGAGGAAGCUAUGGAUUUCUUGAACAGAAUGCGGUGUGAUUCUUGCAUUCCUAACGUCGUAACCUAUAGGAUUUUGCUUUGUGGGUGUUUAAAAAAAAGACAGCUCGGUAGGUGCAAGAGGAUUCUUAGUAUGAUGAUCACAGAAGGUUGUUAUCCAAGCCGUAAGAUAUUUAAUUCUCUUGUACAUGCUUAUUGCAGGUUAGGAGAUUACUUUUAUGCUUACAAGUUGCUUAAGAAAAUGGUAAGAUGCGGGUGCCACCCAGGCUAUGUGGUUUACAAUAUCUUGAUUGGUGGUAUAUGUGGAAACGAGGAAUUACCUAGCUCAGAUAUGUUAGAUUUGGCUGAAAAAGCUUAUGGUGAGAUGCUUGAUGCAGGGGUUGUGUUAAAUAAGGUCAAUGUGAGCAAUUUUGCACGAUGUCUUUGUGACGCCCGAAAAUAUGAGGAAGCCUAUAAUGUUAUCCGUGAAAUGAUGAGAAAGGGUUUUGUGCCUGACACUAGUACAUACUCUAAAGUUAUUGGCUUUUUGUGUAAUGCAUCCAAGGUAGAACAAGCAUUUUUGUUGUUUGAAGAAAUGAAAAGGAAUAGUAUUAUUCCUGAUGUCUAUACCUAUACUAUUUUAAUUGAUAGUUUUUCUAAAGCUGGCCUUAUUGAACAGGCUCAUAGCUGGUUUAAUGAAAUGGUAGGAAAUGGCUGUGCUCCUAACGUGGUGACUUAUACUGCUCUUAUACAUGCAUACCUUAAAGCAAAAAAGGUGUCUGAUGCAAAUCAACUUUUUGAGAUGAUGUUGACUGAAGGUUGCAUUCCCAAUGUUGUUACUUAUACUGCUUUAAUUGACGGUCAUUGUAAAGCUGGUAGAAUUGAAAAGGCCUGCCUGAUUUAUGAAAGGAUGAGAGGUAAUGUGGAAAUCCCUGAUGUUGAUAUGUAUUUUAGAAUUGACGGUCAGAGUAUGAAAGAACCUAAUGUUUAUACUUAUGGAGCUUUGGUGGAUGGUUUAUGCAAAGCACACAAGGUCAAAGAGGCCCGUGACUUAUUGGAUGCUAUGUCGGUAGAAGGUUGUGAACCUACCCAUAUUGUGUAUGAUGCUCUUAUAGAUGGAUUUUGCAAAUAUGGGAAGCUAGAUGAAGCGCAAGAGGUGUUUACUAAGAUGUCAGAGAAAGGGUACAGUCCAAAUGUGUAUACUUAUAGCUCUUUGAUUGAUAGGUUGUUUAAGGAUAAAAGACUAGAUCUCGCUUUAAAAGUCUUGUCUAAAAUGCUAGAAAACUCUUGUGCACCAAAUGUUGUUAUCUACACAGAGAUGAUUGAUGGUCUUUGUAAAGUUGGGAAGACAGAUGAAGCCUAUAAGCUUAUGCUGAUGAUGGAAGAAAAAGGAUGUUAUCCAAAUGUUGUUACUUAUACUGCAAUGAUAGAUGGCUUUGGGAAAGCAGGUAAAAUCGAAAAAUGUCUUGAGCUCUUUAAAGAAAUGAGCUCUAAAGGUUGUGCUCCAAAUUUUGUCACGUACAGGGUUUUGAUAAACCAUUGCUGUUCAACUGGCCUUUUGGAUGAAGCUCGUAAGCUUUUGGAUGAAAUGAAACAAACAUAUUGGCCAAAGCAUAUGGUAGGCUACCAUAAAGUUAUUGAAGGUUACAACCGAGAGUUCAUGAACUCUCUUGGGAUUUUAGAUGAGAUGAGUGAGUGUGGUUCAGUGUCAAUUAUUCACAUAUACAGAGUUUUGAUUGAUAAUUUUGUAAAGGCUGGAAGAUUGGAAUUUGCUCUUGAGCUGCAUGACGAGAUUUCAUCAUCUUCACCUUUUACAUCUGUGAACAAGAAUAUGUGUACUUCAUUGAUUGAAAGUCUUUUACAUGCAAAUAAGGUUGGUAAGGCACUGGAGCUGUUUGCAGACAUGAUAAGGCAAGGUGGUAUUCCAGAGCUUAUGACAUUGUUUGACCUUAUUAAAGGGCUCAUUAAAAUUAAUAAGUGGGAUGAAGCUCUUCAACUAUCGGAUAGCAUAUGCCAGAUGCUCUAUCACAUACUGCUGAUGUUGCUCGUUGAGUGCAAAGCUGGCAGGUGUUGUGGAAUUCAUUUCGUGGGAAUUGUCUUCGUUUUUCACUUGAUGAUGUCAAGUGUAUCUAACCAAUAUGAUGAAACUACUCAACAACCUCUAGACUCAUGUUCGAAUCAUGAAGUGGAUUUCAUUUUUCAAGUAGGAGCAGUAGGACAUGAGUUCGAUUCAUUAAGUGGCAUUCUUGUGUUCAAUAAAUAUGCGAGGGAUGUCUGCUGCCUUGUUCGAAUUUAUUCACAAAAGGAGAAAGAAAAAGGAUACAGAUGAAAUUGUAACGGAAAUAAGUUGUGUUUCAAGCAAGCUCAAGGUGACUGCAAAUGCCGUGUGAUGGUAAAAUGAGUGCUGGCAUUUGCUAAUGCCUAAAGUAAUUUGUAGCUGAGAGCCUGAGGCCACCAUCAUUUGAAACCAGAGUGUGAUUGUUUUAUGUUUGAUUUUGAUUUUAUCUUCUACAUAGCUUCGGCUUAAAGAUUCACAGAGGCUGUAACAUCCAAUUUGCAGUCGGGAAAAAUUGUUGAGGAUAAAAUUGAGCAAAACAAAGUGAUUUUUGUUUGUGAGAAUGAAUCAUCCUGCUAUUUGAUGUUAAAGCUUCGAUUAUAUAUCCUGAACAA